AUGGCUGAACCUAUUCCAAUUAUCAGACCAGCGCGUCUGCUCCCACCAUCCAAUCUAAAUCCAAAUCCAGAUCCAAUUCCAAAUCCUAAUCCAAUCCAAAAUCCACGGUUCGUGAUCGACCGAAAUAUCGGAUUCGAGGACCGAGGUAAAAUUCCUCAAAUAGUGAGAGACCUACCCGAAUUCAAUGGCAAUCCACGAGAUUUGAGCCAGUGGAUGCUAGACGUGGAAGAUGUAUUGGAACUUUUUGUGGACCUCAGGGACACAUUCCAAUAUUAUCUCCUCAUUAAAACAAUUAGGAGGAAAAUUAAGGGCGAAGCCAACGACGCUCUUAUCACCAGUAAUACUCCUACCCAAUGGGAGAGUAUUAAAGAGGUGUUAAAACUCUAUUACGCUGAUAAAAGGGAUCUUAUGACCCUUGACAAUCAGAUGAAAUCUUUAAUGCGUAAUAAAUCUGAAAGCCUUGAGAGUUAUUACAGCAGAAACUUUUGUCCCAGCUCAACCCCGUCCCGAGCCAAUGGACACAAGCACCAUUCGUACUCAACAUGUGAAUUAUGGCAAUCGGCCAGUAGCUCAACGUUACCCCUUGUUCUGGGCCAAAACAUUGAAAUUCACAACGUAAACGAAGAACCAGUGGCGAUAGUAAAAAUAGGAGAAGCAAUAUCAAAAAUGGAAACGCACCUCUCGACAAUUCACAUUAGUUAUCCCGACUUAAACAGAUUAUUUGAUCAAAAAGUGAACGAUCUGAAAGAUCGUAUCGAACAACUCAAACCAAAGACGAGACAGAGACGAUGGGACGCAUUAGGACGAGCAUGGAAAUGGAUGUCCGGCUCACCAGACGCUGAUGACUUACGAUUAAUAACUAAUGAAAUAAAUGCAGCUGUAGACAAUAGCAACAAACAAAUCUUAAUAAAUGAUGAGAUGUUCGGUAAUCUGAAUAAUUUGACAGAAGCAAUAAAUGAACUAAUUAAGGCAGAAUCAAAAAGCUCUACACUAGCAAUAGAAAAAGCCCAAAUAAUAAAUCUAAUUUUGAGCCUAGACAUCUUAAACGAUCAAGUAUCAGCAAUUCAAGAAUCAAUAGCAUUUGCCAAAGUAGGAAUAGUUAAUUAUAAAUUACUAUCCACGGAUGAAAUCAGACAAAUAGAUGAAACUCUCAGUAAACAAGGCCUACACACAGAACUCCUCGAAGAAGUGCUCAACCUCGCGAAGGUGACCAUUGGAACAGACAACGAGAUACUGCUUUACGUAAUCAACGUACCUACAUUUUACCCACAAAACUAUGAUGAUAUUAGAAUUGAGGCAAUCUUCAAGAAAUCAGAACGCAUCCAAGGGAAAUAA